AUGAGCUUGCUAGCACAGGAUGCCAGCAACAUACCCCUCCAUUGCAACAUUUGCCCAAAGCGGCCAGACUUUUCAGAUGUCAGCCAUCUCCUCACCCACAUUGCAAGCAAGGGCCACCUCAGCUGGUACUUCAGGACCAAAGUCAAGGGCAGCACCGACGCGAGCUCACAGAAGGUCAUCGAUGACUACGAUGAAUGGUAUGAAGAGUGGGACGUGGCAACACUGAUGCAAGAGCGGAUGAGCCAGAAGGAAAAGAAGCGUGCCUCAGGCGCACGUCGCGUCGACACCUCGCGGAGAGGCUCUGGCGCUUCAACGGCAUCAAACUCCGCGCGAAACACCCCUGUUCCGUCAGGUCGCGGUCAACGUCAGCAGCGUCUUCUGAGACACAACCUUCACAUGCUGGAUCCUCAGCUCAACCGACACCAGAUGGCGGAUCCCAUGUCACGAUCUGGAACUCCUCACUCUCAUUUCUCUUUCGAUCGAGGCAUGAAUCACCCGUAUGCACCACCUAUCGGCAACUUUGCGCCCAAUGGCAUGAACAUCUCAUUUUCCGGCUCCGGCUCGAACUCGCCAUACGUCAAGCAGGAGAGCAUGAGCUCCUUCUCCGACAAUGACGACGAUGACGACGACGACGACGAUAGUUACGUCGUGGAGCCGCGACCCCGCCGUCCGGCCGCUCGCCGCCGACAACACAAUGGCAGCGGAUCACUUGGCUCUUUGAUGGAUGACGACGCCAGUGUUGACGAGAUGCCAAAUGACGAGACGAAGCUCAAGGGCAUUAGGUGGCCUGGCAUGGACAUUUUCGACUCCGCCACUGCAGAGAUGAGACGGAAGCGGAAUCAGAAGAAACAUGCCUCUGUGUUGAGGUCACUACAGGCCACGAGCGAGGUCGUCGAGCCUACCGAGAGCGUCUGGGAUACCGAAGGCAUACUCCGCAAGGAACGACUCAUCACCGGCAGUCCAGCCUCUGACGAUAGUCUCAUCGAGGGAGAGUCCGAGCCAGAGCCAGAGAUCACGGAGAAGAAGCGUACACGUCGUCGUGCCAGACCUGCUCUGGUAGACAAGGAUGUCAAUACUGGCCGCAUCCUCCGCAAUCGUGGUCAGUCUCAUCACCCGCCAUUCGGUCGCAGCACGCGAGCGGCAACAGUGAUGAAGAUCGAGGAUGAGGAUGAUGACCUCACAUUCGCUCCUACCCGUCAACGUAAGCGGACUGGUUUCAGCAUCCAUCGCGACAACAGUGGUCCCGACAUCACUUUCGACAACCCACCACCAAUGAACUACCUCACCUCUGGCUUCCGCAACCCUUUCCAGCAAGGUAAUCAACGCGAUAACCUCUAUCGACAGUACCAGAAUGACAUGAAUGUGCCUCGUGCUCACGGACGACAGCCAUCUUGGGGCAACGUCAAUGGUACCUUCCGUCCUACAUCUGGUGGAAACAACGCUAUGCCUAAUCCAGGCCUCGCCAACUUUGGCAACUUCCUCAACCACCAGACCGUCUCCCAGCAGUCCGGGGCUCCCACCAGUCACCACGCUCCCAACCCAUUCCAGCAGCACUUCUCGUUUGGCCCACAUCCAAUGCAGACUGGCAUUGCAAACCCAAUGUACCAGCCACCGAACAAUGAUCCCUUUGCUGGCCUCUUCGACAUCAACCCUCUUGCGAUGGAUCUUACCUUCCCUAAGAUCGAAGGUGGACUCCACGCUCAACAAGACAUGGCUCCGGCGAACCCGCUGUUCCUUAGCAGCAACCCUAUCAAAGAGGACGACGAGGUCACUAUCUCUGCUCGUGAUAGUGUCACUGGAGAGGACAAGUGA